UUGUUGUUUUAUUACUUCUGUUCGUGACCAUCCUGUUCAGCUUUGGGAUGCUAGUACAGGCAGUGUACGUGCAUCUUAUCGGGCUAUUGAUCACUGUGAACGAUUCAUAGGUCCCAAUGUUCUCUGUUUCAAUCAAGACGGUUCAAAGUAAACUCAAAAGCAAGUCUAAACAAGGACUAAAUGACACACAUAGGAUCUAUACAGGUUAUGAGAAUAUGAUUGAAAUAUUUGAUGCAUACACAGGUGAUUCAGAAAAACGACCGACUAUACCAAAGCGUAAAUCGCGUCAUGGCCAAAAAGGAAUCAUUAGUUGCCUUGAUUUUGCAUUGGAUGGGUGCUAUUAUGCUGCUGGAUCUUACAGUGCUUCUAUUGGCAUUUACGAUACACAUAAUGACAAAAUAUGUUUAAAACUAACAGGCAUGGAUGCAGGUGUGACUCAAGUCAAGUUCUCUCAUGAUAGCAUGUACUUGUUCUCUGCUUCUCGACAUAGUCAUUCUGUUUUAUGCUGGGAUAUUCGUGAUUCAGCCAAUAUCUUGUAUGAAUUACCAAGACCAGGCAAGACAAACCAACGCAUGCAAUUUGACAUAGAUCCUUCUGGGAGAUUCUUGGUGACAGGAGACAUGUAUGGAAACUUGUUAGUAUAUGAUAUUACAACAGGUGAAUUAGAAGACAUUGAGACAAAGAAACGUACUGUUUAUUCUACACAGGCACAUCAAGAUAUUAUCUCGGGAGUCUCGUUUAAUCCUAUCUAUCCUGUUCUUGCCACUUGUUCAGGUCAACGCAAAUUUAGAUUGCCUAUUUUGGAUAGUGAUGAAAGCGAUAAUGAAGAAGAAAUAAUAGUUGAUAACACAUUAAAGACUUGGCGGAUACCUGGUCAAUAUAAAUGGUAUUCAUAUGAAAAUAGCACUGUAACAGAAAUAACUGCCAUGGAAGAGACUACAGCAACAGGAACAACUGUUAUGGAAGAAAUAGCAGUGACAGAAACGAUUACAACAGAAGAGACUACAACGACUAAAAGUCAAACAGAAAUGCAUAUAGACUGAUGUGUGUAUAUUUAUUAUGACAAUUCAUAUUGAGGAUCAAAUAAAGUACUGACACUCUCACCAAAAUGUAUACGUCGAAUAGCUUCAGCUAAAAGAGAAGCUACAGGCAAUAUCUUGAAUUUGUUGCACUUGGCCAAAUGUUGUUCUUGAGGCACUGAAUCACUCACAAUCACAUGAUCAAGAUAGCUUUUUUGAAUACGAUCCACAGCAUCUCCAGAUAGAAUAGCAUGUGUGAUAAGCGC